AUGGCUGUCACUCUGCACACUGAUCUGGGUGACAUGAAGUUGGAACUUUUUUGUGAUCACUGUCCUAAAACAUGUGAGAACUUUCUGGCUCUAUGCGCGAGUGGUUAUUAUGAUGGCAAUGUUUUCCACAGAAAUAUUAAAGACUUUAUUGUACAGACUGGAGAUCCAACUGGCACUGGAAAGGGAGGAGCAAGCAUUUGGAAGAAAAAAUUUGAAGAUGAAUUCAAUGAUACAUUAAAGCACUCAACCAGAGGAAUUGUUUCAAUGGCAAACAACGGCCCAGACACAAAUGGCUCUCAGUUCUUCAUAACUUAUAACAAAAAUCCACAACUUGACAUGAAAUAUACUGUCUUUGCAAAAGUGAUAGAUGGCAUUGAAGUCCUUGACACAUUAGAGAAUGUUCCUGUAAAAGAGAAUUCCUACAGACCAAUCACAGAUGUUAAAAUUAGAAGCGUCUCUAUACACGCUAAUCCAUUUGCUAAUGUAAACCUUAAAAAUUCUGAAUAA